GGUUGCAAACUAGCGGAAUACAGGCGGUACAGUGCGGCUACGAGGGGGAUGUCCCACCCUUUUUAAUACAAGCUGAGGACUCCUUGGGUUUUUCAUCGGCUCUACAUAAACCAGCGGGACCAACUUGCAAACUUUGGCGAAAUGACGACGCGGUCGGAGCGAGAAAAAGCCCAGAAACUGAAUGAGCAGCAUCAGGUCAUUCUGUCUAAACUGCUGAGGGAGGCAGACAACAAGCACUGUGCCGACUGUGAGGCAAAAGGUCCACGAUGGGCGUCAUGGAACCUCGGGGUGUUCAUGUGCAUCCGCUGUGCUGGCAUCCACCGCAACCUGGGUGUCCACAUCUCCAGAGUCAAAUCUGUCAACCUGGACCAGUGGACCCCUGAGCAGAUCCAGAGUAUGGUGGACAUGGGCAACAACCGGGCCAAACGGCUGUAUGAAGACCACCUCCCGGAGAGCUUCAGACGGCCACAGACGGACCAAGCAGUGGAGGUCUUCAUCCGGGACAAGUACGAGAGGAAAAAGUACUACAACAAGGAGGCCCUGACUACAGCUCCGCAGUCCGAGUGUAAAGCCGUUCCCAAGGAAAGCGCAGAGCCGGCCGUGGACCUGCUGGGCCUGGAUGCUCCAGAGAGCGAUGGGAGGGGCUUGGUUGAUGCCGCACCAAUCGCCGAGGAACUGGACAUCUUUGGACCAAUGGUCUCCAACCCUCUCCCCUCUUCUAAUAGCACACAGCAGUCCGGUACAGCACCUGUACAGGCAGACCCCUCUGCCUCCUCCUCCACCUCUACCACCACCAAGGCGGAGGAGAAGAAGAAGCUUCUUUCCAAGGACUCCAUCCUGUCGCUGUACGCCAGCAGCUCAGUGGCCAGUCAGCCACAGAGCCAGCAACUUCCUGCGCCGGGACAAGGAAUGUACGGGGGCCAGCCUCAGAUGCAGUUCACCCCGCAGGGGAUGGGCGGAGGGGCCGCGAUGCCCAACGGCGGCUACGUGGGCCUGCAGCAGCCAGCCAACCAAGGGCAGAACAUGUACGGCAUGCAGCAAGGGCAGUGGGGCACGAGCCAGAUGACCCAGCAGAUGUCAGGCAUGGCUGUGAGUGGAGGCCAGUCAGGGGCCCCUGCGGCAGGCUGGCCUGCGACUCCCCCGCCGGCUUCCGGCCAGACCCUCAGCACUCAGCUGUGGAAGUGACGAGCAGGAGGUCCGGAGGAGGAGUUUAUGUGGGGGGAACAGAGGGCAGUCAUAUAUGGCAACAGAAAUGGCCCCUGACCCACCCGGCGCUCAUUAGAGAACGCACAACGGGGUAGUUUGACUGCCUUUAAAAUAUAAAUGAAUAAAUACCACCUGCCAUCAUUCCUUUAAUUAGAUAACAACAAGUUGACAUCAAACCGGACGGAGCGGGGAAGAGGGAAAUAAUCAAUUCAAUUCAGUUUAUUUGUAUAGCCCAAUUUCACAAAUUACAAAUUUGUCUCGGAGUGCUUUACAAUCUGUACACAUAGACAUCCCUGCCCCAAAACCUCACAUCGGACCAGGAAAAACUCCCAAAUAACCCUUCAGGGGGAAAAAAAGGGAAGAAACCUGGAGGAGAGCAACAGAGGAGGAUCCCUCUCCAGGAUGGACAGAUGCAAUAGAUGUAAUGUGUACAGAAGGACAGAUUUAGAGUUAAAAUACAUUCAAUGAAUAUGACAGAGUGUAUGAAUAGUUCAUAGUAGGCAUAUUCCACGAUGGAGACCUCCACGAUCCAUCAGGCAGAUGGCGGUGGGGAGGAGGAGGGCGGAGUCUCAACAGUGGGCGGAGUCUCAACAGGACAGUGGCGUAGUCAGGAGCAGGAAUUCCACGACCCAGACCUCAAUGAUCCAUCAGGCAGAUAGGAUCUAUGUCGUCUCAUAGGGUCCGAUGACCCCAUGAGACGUGAAGUCAAAAGGACUCCGGGGAGAAAGCAGAGUUAGUAACGUGUGAUUGAGAGAUGAAAAUUCAUCCUUAAGGAGAGAAAAAAGAGGAGAUAGGUACUCAGUGCAUCCUAAAACGUCCCCCGGCAGCUAUAAGCCUAUAGCAGCAUAUCAAGGGGCUGGACCAGGGCAAACCUGAUUCAGCCCUAACUAUAAGCUCUGUCAAAGAGGAAGGUCUUAAGUCUACUCUUAAACGAGGUGACUGUGUCUGCCUCCCGGACUGAAAUUGGAAGCUGGUUCCAUUUAGAGGAGCUUGAUAACUAAAGGCUCUGGCUCCCAUUCUACUUUUUAAGACUCUAGGAACUACAU